ACCUGCUGGUGUGAAUCAGCGUGUGCGUUGUCAGAGACGUUGUGAGAGCUAUCAAUGACGAGGCUGUCAGCCCCCCCAAGAGCAGCCGAUGAUGCCGCUGUGUCUAUACUGAUAUGCCGAUAGACUGACGCGGCUGUACGGGCAUUAUAAAAACAGACCGCCAAAACCUUUAUCAUCCCGGAUCCCCGGCCACGAAAGGGAUCAUUCACCAUGAAACCCGUUCUGAUCAUUGGCUCAGGUAUCGGUGGACUGACCCUGGCACAAGGUCUCAAACGCGUCAAUAUCCCAUUCGCCAUCUAUGAACGGGAUGCCGCUGCGACUGCUCGGCCUCAAGGAUACAGGAUAAGGAUCCAUGGGCCUGCGUUGGACGACCUCGAGAAAUGUCUCGAGCCGAGCAUCUAUCGACAAUUUGAAGCUACAGCAGGCAAGAACGUCUCCUUUGGGCCUGGUGGCUUUGGAAGGAUCGAUGCAAGGUCAGGCGAAAAGAUCCAAAUGGGCGGACCAAGUCGGCCGGGUGGUGGUGGUGGUGGUGGACCUGGUGGACCUGGAGGACCUGGAGGGUCUCGCCCAGAUUUGAGCAGAUCUCUCCCGAUUGACCGACAGACCAUGCGCGCAUCUCUGUUUAGAGGUCUCGAACCCAUCUACAGCAAAGCAUUUACAAAGUUCACUGAAACUGAGACCGGCGUCGUGGCGACCUUUGCCGACGGGACACAAUCGAUCGAAGGAUCUCUACUGGUCGGUGCAGAUGGGAUCUAUUCAAAAGUAGCGAGACAACUCGUACCGGAAUCCAGUCCGCUCGACACGGGUAGUCGGAUGAUUUUUGGCAAGACACCGCUGGCAAACGUACGUGAUGAUCUCCUGGAAGAGCUCAGAGAAGGCGUACACGUCGUUCAAGAUAAAAGCGAUCCGACCAAGCCCUUGAUCCUGUUCAUGGAAGUCAUGACGUUCACUCAUGCCGAUGCUCCGGAGGAUUACAUCUACUGGGUCAUUCUCGGGGAUCCGCAGUCAUUUGGAGAAACAGAUGAAGAACUGCUGAUGAAGAAGACGGAUCACGCGGCAGCAGAGCUCUCCAGGCAUCUGACCUUGGACUGGGCGAAGGGCAUCAAGGUCAUUUUGGAUCAUCAGGUCGAGGACAACACGUCGAUCCUCCGAAUGACCACUUCGAACCCGAACGCUUUGCCCUGCUGGCCUACGAAUCGACGAGCGACCCUUCUCGGCGAUGCUAUUCAUUGCAUGCCACCGACAGGAGGGUCGGGGGCCAACACGGCGAUCAGAGAUGCGGCAUUGCUCGUGAAGACCUUGGCCGAUUCUCAAGGGGCAGACGGAUGGCCAGAGCAGGUCAUCAAAGGGUACGAGGAUGAGAUGAGGCAGUACGCGGGAGAGAUCGUUCAAUCAAGUUAUCGAGCAGGUGUCAAGGCCUUUGGAGUCAAGCAGAUGCAAGGGUUCCCGGUGUAGACAGAUAGAUAGAUAUGAUA